UCUGUAGUGGGUCAUUACAGAGGGGAGAAGAAAUGGAAAGCAAGAAGGGGGGACAUUCCUGAAGACAAGUCUCAAGAAUCCCAGACCAAAAACAAGUUCUACCCUUAAUCAUUCUGGCCUCUAAUUGUCUUCUUCUUCCUUUGUUCUUUCUUUCUUUUGGUCUCCAAACAAACAAACACACACACAGAGAGAGAGAGAGAGUGAGAGUAAGAGAUGGAUCUUUCAGGUCAAGAAGAAGAAAUCCCAAUUCCAAUAACCAGCACUUAUGCUGGGGGACAUGGACACAUGAUCCAUCAUGAACCCACUCCUCCACACAACCACAUUAUCCCUUCUUCAUCAUCACCACAGCCUCCGUCUAAUGGACCCAUAACCCCAGCCCUAGAGGAUCACAUGCCUUACAAGAAAGUGUUGAUCAGGUACAGGGAAUGCCUCAAGAACCAUGCAGCAGCCAUGGGAGGGAAUGCCACAGAUGGGUGUGGAGAGUUCAUGCCCAGUGGAGAAGAGGGUACCCUUGAAGCCCUCAAGUGUUCAGCUUGCAACUGUCACAGGAACUUCCAUAGGAAAGAGAUUGAAGGUGAGUCCUCCUCUUGUGACUGCUACCACCACCCACAUCUCAACAGGGUAGGAAUGGGAUUGGGAAGGAAGCUCAUUCUUGGUCCAAACCCACACAAGGUUGGUGGUAUGUUAGGCCCUGCUGAGGCCUUGGGUUAUCACACUGGAGCUUUCAUGCACUCAUCUAGAGCAGCACAAGCUCCAUUAUCUCACCAUCAAAUGAUAAUGUCUUACAACUUGGCUGGGGGUUCACUCCCUUCAGAGUCUGAUGAGCAAGAAGGUGGUGGUGGAAUUGUCCCAAGGCCACCACAGCUAGUGGAGAAGAGGUUCAGAACCAAGUUCACUCAAGAACAGAAAGAGAAGAUGCUCAGCUUUGCAGAAAAAGUAGGGUGGAGGAUGCAGAAGCAAGAGGAGUCGGUGGUGCAGCAAUUCUGCCAAGAGAUUGGUGUCAAGAGGAGAGUCCUUAAGGUGUGGAUGCAUAACAACAAACACAACUUGGCCAAGAAGAAUGCAGCAGCAGCAGUAUCUUGAAAACUACUCUACUUUUUUCUCUCCAAUCUUCCAUCUCCCUUAUUUGACUAUUGUUCCCUCCCCCCUUGUUCUUUAGGAUUCUCUUUACUUAUAUAUUAUUGUGGCAAUGUAAUGUGGUUUAGGUAGAGUUGGUCUGGCAGAGUUUGAGUUUGAGGGUUGAGUGGUUGACAUCCAUGCAUGUUUGUUUUUCCACAAUAGAUUUAAUUGGUUAUCUAAGUUCUAAUCUAAUCCUUAGCCAAUA